UCAAAACACACCCACUUUCUUUUCUAUUUUACUUGUCCCUUACCACUCAUUUCUAACUCCACACACACACAUCAUCAUCAUCUUCUUCUACAUUUGAAUCUUGUUUCUAAAAAGUUUGAUUCUUUUUCAAGAAUCUGAAUUUGGGUGGGGUUCAUUAUAAGAUUAAUUUUGAAGAAGUGAAUAAACAUGCCGUGGACCUCUUUGGGAGUGAAUUAUCUUGGACAUUGUUUUCGCUUAGCAGUAUUUUUUCGUUUUAUUCUGUAAUUUGAUCUUCCCAGGCGUUUUUUUUGUUAGUCUCGUUGCUUGGUAUUAUUAAUUACUGCGUAUUGACUGAGAAUGUUCAUUGGUGUUCCACAAAAGAGAAUUCGAUCUGUGAAGGAAGUUGGUAAAACUAAAAUGAGUGUAGGGAUCAUUGCUUAUUACAAUUUGAUGCAAGUUUGUCAGGCUGAGUAUUUCCGCCAGUUGCUUAAGCCUGUUACGUAGAAUUCUCAGAGUCAAAGUUCAAGAUAUUAGCAAGCUUUGCCCCUUUUGGUUGCUAUUUCACAUUAGAAGAAGAUAAGAAUUAAAGAUAUUGGUCAGUUAGUUAUUGGUGAUUAUUACUAAAUUGGAAAUAAAUUUCUUCGCACAGAAUGGAAAUAACUUAAAGGUGCAUCUUUGCACUUGCCUUUUAGAUUUUUGUUUUGUUAUUUCAUAUCACAAUAAGCCCAGAAACCAUAACUAUUAGAAAGCCACGAGUUUAGACACGUCUGGUUAAAGAAGCAAUGCAGGGUGGCCAACAAAAUUUCCCUCAAAAUCGAGAUCAAACGAGUAGUGGGUAUUCACCCGAUCCUUGUAUUUCAUCAUUCUUUGGUCAAAAUGUUGACCUUCAUCCAUCACACGAUUGCCCGAGAAAUUAUGUUAUAUUUGACAGGACAGAUAGGCAUAGCCAGAUUAUGUAUAACCCUGGUCUGAACAUGGGUGCACCUUACUUCCCUGAUACUAAAGUGAUGCAAAAAGAUGCAAACUCAUCUAGGGUUAUGAAAGAAGAUAUGGCAGAUAUUGAUGCUUUAUUGAGCUUUGAAGAUGAAGAUGAGGAAGAAUAUGAAGAGGAAGAAGAGGCUAGCACAGCACGGACAGCGGGAAAUGAUACAAGUGAUACAUCUGAUUCUUGUUCUUCGAGACCAAGAAACUGGUUUGGGUCAACGUCGGCCCAUGAGUCAAAGGGUAGCGAAGGAAAACGUGAAAAGAUGAGAAAGAUGGUGAAGUCACUUAGAGGAAUCGUGCCUGGUGGUAACCGGCAAAUGAGCACCGCUGAUGUUCUUGACGAAGCUGUCAAAUACCUCAAAACUCUUAAAGUUGAAGCACAGAAGAUGGGUGUUGGUAAUUUGCCAGGUUGAACCCCAGCAGAAUUAAAUAUAAGGUGCCCCUGUUGCAAGGGUGUUACCGCCUUUGUUUUGAAACAGCUGCCUAUUGGGGGUAGAAAGGUAAUUUUAUAUGCUUUCAUAUGUAGGAAUAAUAAUGAACCCAUGGUUUUGGUGUGGUUAUGUAAUGUUUAUGAGUUAUGACUAGUAGUUCUUGUGUUCUUUAAUAUAUACAUAUGUGAUUUGUGUC